AUGCCUCCCCGGAUAUCCAGCUUGCGAGUCUCGAACUCGCUACUACCCUACCUUUCUUCACAGUCGACAUGUCCCUCAUCCUCCUCCUCUCUCCUCUCAGUACCCACAUAUACCUCAACUCCCUCAACAUGCCGCCCCUUCUCAUCCACACUCUCUUCUCAAACCCGCCUCCGCAACCAAAUGUUUGAGUGGUUGAACACCGAGGGAGCUGCUCUGAAGCAUCACAUCCCCGGAACUACAAACUACCUCACGGAUAUCAAAGACCGCAAGGCCAAGUCCCAGGAGAAGCCUAGCGAGCAGUCGGCCGAUGGCAGUGCCUCGGCGGAGGGUGCGGCGUCCGGAGCAAGCGCUCCUGAAGAGCGAUCACGAGCUCCGCGACCUUUCCCCUUGAACCCCUCGUUCGUUAGCGAGCCUAUACUGAGUGAAGAACUCCGUAACGAGAUUUACCAGCGGGUCGUGGUGCAGAAGAGGAGCGUGCGUGCCGUUAGUGUGGAGCUGGGUGUUGAUAUGAGGAGAGUCGGUGCUGUAGUACGACUAGUCGAGUUGGAGAAGAGAUGGAAGCGAGAGGGAAAACCUCUGGCUCUGCCUUACGCGCGUGCCGUACGAGAGAUGGUCCCUACCACGCCACUAGCUGAGAAGGGCCAACCUCAGGUUCCUCAUGAAUCUAUCAACGACCUGCCUGUCCACCGACUUACCGACCCACAAAUAUUCUAUCCCGUCUCUGAAUCAAGACAGUUCACCCGUAUUGAUGCUGGUCGUGUAUUCUCUGGCGCUCCUGCCCUUGAGCAUAGUCGAGAAGCAGAGCUCAGAAACGCUGACCCAGCUGAUAUCACCAGCCAGCUUACCCGUCAUCCUGAAGAGGUCGAACGUGUCGGCAAGGGCGCAGAUGAGAUUGAAGUCCUGCAACCUGCUGAUGUGCGCAUCCCGCACCCACACCUGAUCUCAUUCGAGCGUGACCGUCGGGCCAAUCCUUCUGAGCACAGAGAGCGGAUGAAGCGCUACGAGCAGCGCCUCAAGGAGGAAGAGGCCGCAGAACAGGAGCGCAAGCAGCUAGCGCAAGAGCGCCGCGAGAAACGAAUCACACAUGUGGAACCAGACUCAUCGCGGUUUGAGUUCCGUUUCAAGGAUGUUGUUGUCAGCCGCGAGACCACCGGUGUGGAUGGACGCGGCUCUGCUGCACCCGGUCGCAGAUAUGGUGUGCCAUCCUAUGACCGAAAGAAGGGUAUGGUCAAGAUUCCCACGAAAGUGGAGGUCUAA